GAGAGUCAGGGAGAGAGGGGCCGGCAGGGAGAGAGAGAGCGAGGAGAGAGAGCGGUGAGAGGGUCGAGGAGAGCGGGGAGAGACUCAGGGAGAGAGUCGACGGCAGCGGUUACAGCCUUGCAACAACCACUCCUUGAAUAGCAAGAGAGAGAGACCCCUUCCUGUCCCUUACACAGAGAGAGAGAGAGGGGACACCGGGAGUGAGAGUCCAGGGGCGGUGGGGGAGACGUGGAGAGUCGAGCGGAGAGCGUUACAGCCUUGCAACAACCACUCCUUGGAUAACGAGAGAGAGUCUCGUACACACACAGAGAGAGAGAGUCUCGUACACACACACAGAGAGAGAGAGGGGACACCGGGAGUGAGAGUCCAGGCGGGAGAGAGUCGAGGUGGGUACAGCCUUGCAACAACCACUAACCCCCACCACCUCCUGCUGGAAUAGCGACCGAGAGAGAGAGAGAGUUUCCUCACCUCCACACACAGCGAGCGAGUUGGAGGCUCCGUCGCCAUGAACUCUGAGAAGGAGCUGGCUCCCCUCACGCCGGCCAUCGUCCGCGCACUCAACGACAAACUCUACGAGAAGCGCAAAGUGGCGGCCCUGGAGAUCGAGAAGCUGGUGCGAGAUUACGUGCAGCAGAACAACACGGCGCAGAUCAAGCACAUCAUCGCCAUCCUCUCGCAGGAGUUCGCGCUCUCCCUGCACCCACACAGUCGCAAGGGCGGCCUCAUCGGCCUUGCCGCCUGUGCUAUUGCGCUGGGAAAGGACUACGGCGUCUACCUCAAGGAGCUGAUGGAGCCGGUGUUGACAUGCUUUAACGACCCCGACAGCCGGCUGCGCUACUACGCCUGCGAGGCGCUCUACAACAUCGUGAAGGUGGCGCGCGGCUCCGUGCUCCCCCACUUCUGCGAGCUCUUCGACGGACUCAGCAAGUUGGCUGCCGAUCCAGAUCCGAAUGUGAAGAGUGGCUCUGAGUUGCUCGACAGGCUGCUAAAGGACAUCGUGACGGAAAGCAGCAAGUUCGACCUUGUGGCGUUCGUGCCGCUUUUGCGGGAGAGGAUAUACACGCAGAACCAGUACGGCCGCCAGUUCAUCAUCUCCUGGAUCGCGGUGCUCGAGUCGGUGCCGGACAUCAAGCUGCUGGGCUUCCUCCCCGAAAUUCUCGACGGCCUCUUCGAGAUCCUCGGUGACCAGAGCAAGGAGAUCCGCCGCAUGUGCGAGUGCGUGCUUGGAGAGUUCCUCAAGGAUAUAAAGAAGAACCCGGCCAACGUGAAGUACAGCAACAUGGCCAACAUUGUGCUCGUGCACUGCCAAGCCUCCGACGAGCUCAUCCAGCUGACGGCCAUGACGUGGAUCCGGGAGUUCGUGCAGCUCGCGGGCCGCCUCAUGCUGCCCUUCGCUGCGGGAGUCCUCAACGCCGUGCUGCCCUGCCUGGGCAGUGAUGACCCCAAGAGGAAGAACAUUAAGGAGGCGGCGAGUGCGUGUAACCUGAGCCUCAUGAGGCUGGUGCUGCCCGAGGAUGACCUGGAUGCCGUGCCACCCUCGCCCGUGUGCCCUUCGCUCGCGGCUCAAGCCGGCACCGGUGUCGCCCUUCAGCCGCAGCCUGAAGCCAGCCUGGAGGAGUCCCAGCACGGCGCACCGGAGGCAUCGACAGAGGUUGACAUGGAAUCCUUGGCCGUGAGGUUAGACCUGGACAGCAUCGUCAACGUCCUGGCUCACCACCUCUCCCACGACUCCAUGCUCACUCGCAUCGCCGUCCUCAAGUGGAUCUACAGCCUGUACACGAAAACGCCGAGGAAGAUGUUCCGUCACACGGACCGACUCUUCCCGGUGUUGCUCAAGACGCUGUCGGACGACUCGGAUGAGGUGAUCCUCAAGGACCUGGAGGUGUUGGCAGAGAUUGCCUCGUCUCCGGCCGGCCAGCUUGGCGAGGCCUUGUCUGGCGACGGCGAUGGCGGCGGCGAUGGCGGCAGCGCGACCUCGGGCACGGCGCCCGGCCUGCAUGCGCCACCUCCAUUCAGCACCAGCCCGGGCAGCUCUGCAGGCUCGGCAGCUUGGAAGGCCACAGACCGAUCGCCGCUGUCUCCCUCCAUGAACUCCUACUUCCAUCGCUUCAUGGUCAAGCUGCUCCAGUGCUUUGGCACCGAGCCUCGACUCCUGGAGCAUCGUGGAGCCUUCAUCAUCCGGCAGCUGUGCCUGCUGCUCAACGCGGAGAACAUCUUCCAGGCCAUGGCGGAGAUCCUUCUGGCGGAGGGCGACCUGCGCUUUGCCUCCACCAUGGUGCAGACGCUCAACUCCAUCCUGCUCACGUCCACCGAGCUCUUCGAGCUACGAACCCAGCUCAAGGACCUGCACACCGCCGAGAGCCGUGCCCUGUUCUGCUCGCUGUACCGCUCCUGGUGCCACAACCCCGUGGCGACCGUGUCUCUGUGCUUCCUCACCCAGAACUACAAGCAUGCCUACCACCUCAUCCAGAAGUUCGCAGGACUGGAGGUGACGGUGGACUUCCUCACGGAGGUGGACAAGCUGGUGCAACUCAUAGAGAGCCCCAUCUUCACAUACCUCCGGCUUCAGCUGCUGGACGUGGAGAGCCACCCGUACCUCAUCAAGGCCCUGUACGGCCUGCUGAUGCUGCUGCCGCAGAGCAGCGCCUUCACCCUGCUGCGCCAGCGCCUGGCCUGUGUGCCGGACCCGCAGCUCAUGGUCGCGGAGCGCCGGGAGGGCAUGGACGCGCAGAAGAAUUCUACGGAGCACCAGGAGCUGCUGCGCAACUUCGAGCAGAUGCAGGUCCGGCACCAGCAGGCCAAGCGGCAGCGGCAGGGCCCGGAGCAACGCUUCGCUUGAGCGGGGGGGGGGGUGCCCCCCCCCCCACGCGGAAAUAAAAUCUUUAAACGACGACGAGACUGGAAAACCGGCGAACGAAGCCACCACCAUUCCAUUAGUGACAGAGCGGACAGCGAUCCCGUCUAGCGAUUUAAGUAUGCGGUGUAGAACAAACGUGCUACGUGUCCAUACUAUACCAAGAAACCGAAUACCCUUGCUAGGAUAAGGACAUUAUUACAACACAACUGCAUUAUCGCAGUGUUAAGUUGGUGUGUGUGUGUGCGUGCGUGCGUGCGUAUACGGGGAGUGGUAGUCCCGCGGUUAGCGCACCGCGCUAUGAACCCGGCUACCCAGGUUCGAUUCCCGCUCGCGGUCCACAUCGGUGACGAUUAUCU